AUGUCAUACAACCCUUACAUGGGCUUCGAUGCCAAUGACUACGGGUAUUACGUGCCCGACCAGCCUUGCUAUGAACAGCCCAGCGGCUCGGCAGCGCCCAUGUAUGUGAAUCCAGCCUCCCUUGGGCCGGCGCCACGUCUGAGCACAUCAACUGGAGCUGGCCAGGGUCGCACUACAAGUUCCUCCCGCAGCGGCUCCCGGUCAUCGUCUUCCAAGCAUGCUGGAUCGUCUUCAACGUCCACCCGUCGAGCGGCGCGGAGUGCUUACCCGCCUACAUCCAUGUCUUCUGCAUAUCUUCCCGAACCUCCAGUGAGACCUGCCUCGCGCAGCAGCCGCAGAGAUUCCUUACUCGGUAUGUAUCCACCCACAUCCAUGUCUGUGUACGACCCCGAGCCUCUGGCUAGAUGUGCCUCUCGGAGCGGGCGCAGGGAGUCUUUAUCCGGAAUGUAUCCACCGACGUCCAUGUCUACGUACGACUCCGAGCCUCUUGCUAGAUCUGCCUCUCGGAGCGGGCGCAGAGAGUCUUCAUCCGAAAUGUAUCCACCCACAUCCAUGUCUACGUAUGAUGUCAACCCUCCCGUCAGAUCUGCCUCCAGGAGCGGCCGCAGAGAGUCCUUUUCAGGUACGUACCACCCACCCACUUUGACAACCCAGCACUUGCUCGACAACCCAUCCAGGCCCACUUCGCGAUCUGGUCAUGGCCAGUCAUCCGACAGCUCACGCGCUUCCAAGCGCAGUUCCCGGACCAUGGACCCAGCCCCGGACAGGCCGUCUCGCAGCCACCGGCGAUCGGCCGAAGUUCCUGCGCGCGCCAAGAGCCCCAAGCCCUCGAACACGGACGCCUUCGGGUCGAAGCUCAAGUACUGCCCCAAGUGCGGCCUCACCAAGCUGAAGCUGGUCUCGAUGGCCAUGUGCCGCACGUGCGCCGCGGAGAUGACGCGGGGCACGCUCGGCCCGGGGAUGCCCACGUCUCCGUCGACGACACCGUACCGGCCCGUGGUCGACCUCUCCGCCUCGGGUGCGUCCAGGGCUACCCCUUACCCCAUUCCGACUUGGUACACCGACACCCCUGUCCUCGGCGGCACCAAUGCGUAUCGUGCCAGCAUGACGGCACCGCGUGGGAGCCGCGUCUGUCCUUGCGGUCGACCGAACCAUGACAAUCUGUCCAUCAUGUGUCUUCACUGCCAGAGGAACCGUCUUGGUCGAAACUGA